ACAUCAGAUGUGUGGAAGUAUUUUAUCAAGGAUGACAAAAAUGUUGUAAUUUGCCAACUCUGUAAGACUACUUUAAAAUACAACAGUAGUACAACAGCUAUGCACAACCACCUACGAAUGAAACAUCCAACAACUAAGGCAACUGUUAGUGAGACGCACACCAAGAAGCAAACGAGCAUUGGUGAAUUCUGUAAACGCCCGAUUACAGAGAGGAGAAGACAGGUAAUAACAGAUUUACUUGUGGAUUUUAUAGUGAAGGAUAUAAGACCACUCUCUGCAGUUUCAGGAGAGGGAUUCAGGGGAAUUAUAAACUUUUUUGAACCCAGUUACACCGUUCCAUCGAAUGCUACACUCUGGAAAACAAUUGGCCACAAAUACGACUCUCUAAAAGCGGACAUUGCGUCUGAAAUGAAAGGCAAGAACGUCUCGCUUACUACUGAUCUCUGGACUUCUUGCACCAUGGAUCCGUAUAUAACAAUUACGGCUCAUUACAUCAAUGAACUGUGGAAGUUGAAAUCGAGGGUGUUGUGCACCACUAUAAUGCCAGGAAGACACACUGCUGUUAACAUUGCGCAAAAGCUUACAGAAACCAUUAAUGAGUGGGAGUUGCGCAUAUUCUGCACAGUUCAUGACAACGCAAACAAUAUGAACUUAGCGAUGGAAAUCUGUGAGGCAUUACCCCACCACAUUGGUUGCAGCGGACACACGUUACAGCUUGCAGUGAAGGCAGGUUUGGAUUUACCUGUGGUUUCGAAGGCCGUUGACGCUGCGAGGCGUGUCGUCAGUCACUUCCGUCACUCUUCGGUUGCGACCCGCGCAUUGAAAGCACGCCAGGAGCAGCUAUCCAUCAGAGGGAGAAAACUCCAAAGUGAUUGUGCAACUAGAUGGAAUUCCACGUUCGAUAUGUUGGAUCGGCUUUACGAGCAGAGAAUCCCGGUACAAGCUGUACUCGCUGACGAAGCAGUGACCAAUGUCCAGUAUCGAAAAACUCUGGCAAUAAAGUCAUCUUGCUGGGAUCUGAUUGAACAGCUACUUCCAAUACUGAGUCCGCUGGCUAAGGCGACAACAAUCAUGUGUGGAGAGCUGCACGUCGGCCUGUCCUUUCUAUAUCCAGUGAUUAUCAAUCUGACUGAAAAUACUCUGCGGCCCAGCGCGGGUGAUCUCACCGGCACUCAGGCAUUCAAAGAAACGGUUCGGAAACAGCUGGUGACGCGGUUUAAACUGGACUCUGAAACGGUAGCCAAAUCGCUACCCAUUAGCGCGUGCAUGUUGGAUCCGCGGUUCAAGCGUUUGCUGUUUCUACCAGAGAAAGCCAGAGAGGAUGCCAAAGCCCAUCUCACCGAUUUAUUGCAUGACAGUGAGAUAACGCACUCAGAAACUUCAGGUGAACAGGAUUUUGCCGACUGCAGCGGGACAACCAAUGCGUUGCCCAGUGAGCAUAAAAAACCAAGACUCGAAGCUGAUCUCGAGGAGCUCUUUGGAUUCCACUACAAAAGCCGAAAUCCUACGACAAAGCAGCCAACUACCAGUGAAGAUGAGAUUCAAGAUUUUUUUCAGAUGCCUGACAUUCCCACCUUGGGGAAUCCUCUCGAAUGGUGGGCAUGUAAUGGACACCAGUUUCCUCGGCUAUCCAAGCUGGCUAAAUCUUGUCUUGCGGUCCCUGCCACCAGUACACCAAGUGAAAGAAUUUUUUCCUUGGCCGGCAACACCGUCACAAGGCAAAGAUCAAGCUUGCAUCCAUCUCACGUCGAUGCUCUUGUGUUUCUAAAUGCAAACUAGCGAUCCACGAGCUCGACCAAAGACUGUGUGUUGCGCGAGGAAGAAAGCGACGAUGACUAAACUUUCAAACCGGUUGAAGAAAGAUAUUCGUUCUUGUUAUUAUUACGGUUGAAAACUUGGUAAAUAUAAAAUUAUUAAAUGAGUUUAUUCAUGUUUUUACUGUUUUCCUAAUGUUUAAACUAAAUACACAUUCACAGAGUUUUGAAGUAUGAUGCGAAUUUUAGUAUUAAAAUAUUGCGUGCCUGAAUUUCUCUGUUAACAAGUAAAAUUUGAAUUUAAUGAUAUGUAUAUUUUUUUAUUUUUUUACGUAACGUAAUUGUUGCUUGUUGUAUGCUUGUUGACAAUAACCAGUGAAGGUUGAAGUAAGAUUAAUGUUGUUCUUGUUAUUACUGCUGAAAACUUGUUAAAUAUUAAAGUUGAUACUUAUUAUAUAAGUUAUUAAAUUGUUACUGUAUGCAUUUAGCCAUGCACGUAUAGUUUGCAUAUACGGCGCAAAUGUUAUGAAUGCAAUGUCGCGUGCAGCUAUUUAUUUGUCUUUAAUCUGUUACAUGAAAACUUAAAUAGCCUAUGUAAUGUCAUAAUUAUAAUGUUUUGAUUGUUUACUUUAUUUAAUUAAUAGCCUAAUGCAACAAUUAAAUAAAGAUUUAUUGAUAGAAACCAUUUCAUGUCUUUUCAUUUGCUGUAGCAUGGACCACGAGUAAUCGAGUAACUCGAGUAUUGUUUUGAUAAGAAAUCGACUAGCAGAAAUCAGUAGUCGUGCAACCCCUAGUGUGUGGAAACAUUUUUUAUUUCAUGUUACCUAUGAUGACAGCGGAAAUAAAACAAUAGAUAAAACUGCAGUCUAUGGGUUGAAUGUGUUCGAACAGCCACACGCGACAGCCUUCUCUCCGACCAUUUAUCUAAUCUGAUGUAAUGAACACUCUUUUACGUCUUUUCGUAUUCAGCGCUAUUUUUAGCCUUUCGUUGAUAAAACGAAAGCGGCUGAUUUCCGCGUAGUUUCAUUUUGCUAGCGUGUGAAAGUUGCGCGAUCUUAUUUAUUACAGGAUUUAAAUAUUACAGGUGUAAACGUAAUGUUUCUCUCUCGUCCACAUAUACUCUGCAUUAUUUAAGCAGCCUCUCAGUGAUAAAUCUUAAAGCUACACUGAAGUUGGCAUUUUGAUAAAUGCAAGUUAUCUUUGUGUGCUAAAAAUGCACACAAAGUUCAUGUAGAUGGCAAUACACAUUCUCUUUUUUGCCAUAUAAAUGAAAAGCAUGUUGAAAUCAUCAAUGUCUUCCCUCUCGGUGUGUCAAAAUCUCACCUGGCUUUCCUCAGGGAUGUUCCCAAUAAUGUGCUUAAAGUCAAAUUCAGUUUGCAUGAUUACAUGAUAUAACUUUUUUUAAUACUGUAUCCUAAAUUAUGGAUAAUUAAUACAUUAAUAAGAUAAUACAUUUCUGGAGUGUUAAAAAAAUAACAACAAGAACCGUACUGAACCGAGAACCGUGACCAUAGAACCGUGAUACGAACCGAACCGAGGGAUUUGUGAAUCGUGCCAACCCUAAUAUAUAUAUAUAUAUAUAUAUAUAUAUAUAUAUAUAUAUAUAUAUAUAUAUAUAUAUAUAUAUAUAUAUAUAUAUAUAUAUAUAUAUAAAACGAGAGAGAGAAAGAUAAUGACAAUACAUAUAAUACUGGUAGAGAGAAUAGCAAAAUAGUUAAUUUCAUGGAGGCGUAAUCUAAGAUCAUUUGCCAUGAAUUCUAUAACAACCUAAUCAGACAUUAUCAAAGAAAACUUGUAUGCUGUUAUAAUUGCAAAUGGAUGUACACUGUCAAAAAUAAAGGUACAAAAACUGUCACUGGGGCGUACCAUUUGAAAAAGGUCCUAAUAUGUACCAUUUAGGUACAAAUACGUAUCUUUGAACUACGAAUGUGUACCUUUGAAGUACUAAUACGCACAAUUUGGGAAAAAAGUGUACCUUUUUGAAAGGAUACUGUCCCAGUGAAAACUUGUGUACCUUUAUUUCUGAGAGUGUAGCAAAGAGUAUUAAAUGAAGAGGGUUCCAAUAAUUGUGGUCAACUGAGAAAAACAUUUUCUUAUGAUGUGAUCCCCCUUGCCUUUCAAAUGUUUACCAUCAAUGAAACUGGCUUUUUGUGAAUGAAUUAAAUAAAAGAUAAAAAGGAGAAACAAUAAAGAUUUAUUUUGCCAAAUUUCUUUGCUCAUAUUUACCAAGGGUGCCAAUAUCUUUGUCCACAACUGUAUCUAAAUGAAGAGCAUACUUAUUAAAAUGGAUAAAUCUAGUCUUUAUUUUUUUUAUUUAGCAAGCAGAACACAGUAAGCCAUGGUCAUCUGUGCACAGCUUUUUAAAAGAUUUCACAGCCCAAUUUUUCUGCAUGUAUGUGUAAAUAAAUACACAAUAAAUAAGUUGUAUGUUUGCUUUGUCUUGUGCCGAGGUCUAAUGUUGAUAGAAGUGUCUUGAUCAGUGGCGGAGUGGCAAUCUGGAGAGUCAGGGGUUUUCCCGGUGGGCCGGUAGUGUUUUAAGGCCGCGAGGGCCGGUCUGAUAAUAGUCGUGCUUUCAGUCUUUAGUCAUGCACUCCGGCCACACUAAAAACGAUUUAUCAUAUAUUUAAUAUGCUUCAGCGCUCAAAAUGUAUCUGGCCGCACAGCUCUUUCUAUCAAGCCCGUCUCCCCUGGAGUUCUAUCAGCCAAUCAAAAAAAAGAAAGAGGCUACACAAUAACCAAUCAGAAAAUAGCACUGUUGUAUCUGGGUAAGAUUUAACGCAACAACCAAUAAAAAAGCAUAGCCUUGCACACCCAUAGGAAUGGAGCUCCGAGCAUCACUUUGAGCAGCACAGAGUAAGUCUGAUCUUCUAUUUUAAUGUUACAACAAAUGCACAACUUUGACACAAACAAUGACAACUUGACUGCUGUUAGAGAAUGUUUCCCAGAUAAUCAGCAUCAGUUUUUCACGAGUGUAUGUAACUUAGCCAACAGUUUACAGCCUGUUCACUGACAACACCUGCUCAGAACAUGUAAGUUAGUCUAAGCCUCGUUAUAUUUUCGGUAUCACACGAUGACUUACAUUUUGUCACAUAAAACAUCUCUCUCCAAACACGCUUAAUAAUUUUAUAAGCAACUGCUUUGCAACCAUAGUAAGCUUAAGCUUACCUAAAACUAGGGAACUGUUGUUGACUUUAAGAUCUUUUAAAUAAUAAUUAUUACACUUGGUAUUUCAUGUUAUUGUGCAGUCAUUUUAUUGUAAUUUUAGAUUUCAGCAUUUGCUUCUUUACAGGGAACCAUUUUCUUUUUUCUUUUUUUUUUGACCACGGAGGGCUGGUGGUCUAUGAAAUUUCCCGGUAGAUUUUUGGGUCCCACUCCGCCCCUGGUCUUGAUGUUCCGUAACUAUCAACCCUGACAGAGCUUUAAGCUUUUUCUAAGCUUUCAAAAAGAAACAAGGCAGCAGUUUGAGGAGUUUAAGGGGCCAAUCACACCAAACACGUUUAUGGCAGUAGCAGGCACCUUUUUUAAAUGAUUUUCUAUGAGCAGUGAACGUUAUGCAUGCUGUUUAUGCACUUUUUUCUGCCUGACUCUCCACACGUGUUUGAAGUAGCGCUCAGAGCGAAAAAUCAUCUGACGUCAUUUGCGUUUUUCCAUUGUCCAAUUGAAUGAUGGGAGAGGCAGGCCUACCGUUGUGGUGACGGAAGUUUACAGUUGCUUGGAACAACCGGACUGCACUCGCUCACUCUCUCCUGCAUGUUUGUGCACCUCUCACCCUCGAUCAAGGUCAGAGCAAGCAUCCUCUUUUAAAGUUUCUGCUAAUAGGACAGUUAUUAGCAAAAGAACGCAAGCUUCAAUAUUUGAUUGACAGGACAGUGGUUGCCUAGCAAAAUACAAAUCCGCAUUGCACUACUCUUUUUUUAAAGUCACCAGAACAACGGCAGUGUGGCGCGCCUUGCAUUCCCAAGCGUUUAAAAAGCAUUUGGUGUGAUUGGCCCCUAAGAGUCCCUAACCCCUGUAAGAGCGAGUGAGAGUGCUCGCUUAUUUUCAUCAUUAAACAUGAGGGUCAUUGUCAGGGGUAUUUUUGGCCUGGGGGUCUGCCCUUUCCUAUAUUUAUUUAUUGUGUUGGUAAUGUAAGAGCCUGUCAUGUCUAAUUGGGAACUACAGCAUGAAUGUAUUUGGGGCAUUUAAAAGACUACACUAUAAAAACAUUGGGUUAAAAACAACCCAAAUUGGGUUGUUUUUAGCCCAACGGCUGGGUAAAUAUAGGACAGAACGUGAGCUGGGCUAACUUGACCCAUCUCGUUGGGUUGUUACUUUUAAUCCAGCAAAUGGGUUGUUUUUAACCCAAGGAUGGUUUCAUUUUUAUUUAAACAUUGGGUUAAUUUGACUUCAUAAAUGGGUUAAUAUUAUUUUUAUUUUAUCUUAAUUUUAAUUUAUAACUUUAUUGCAGAUGUCAAAUACACCACUUUAAAAACACAUGCCAACAUGGUAUCUUCUUUACACUGUAAAAAAUGCUUUGCUGCCUUAAAUUUUUUUGUUGAAUCAACUCGGAUUUACAAGUCAUUUCAACUUACUAUUAUUUAUCUUGACUAGAGACGAGUUGUUAUAACUACAUGUAAGUUGUUAUAACUUAUAAAAUUAAGUUGGCUUUUCUCAACUAGCCUAUAUUUUAUAAGUUGUGACAACUCAUCUCUGUUGUCAAACUCAUAAAAGUGAGGUUGAUUUGACUUUUUACCUGGAAACCAGAAUAUGUUCAGAAAUGUAUUUUGAAAGCUGCUUAAGUAGUUUAUGCAACGGUUUAACAUUUUUUAAAUUAUCUCAAAAAGCAGAUUAAGGGCUCUAUCAUACACCUAGUGCAAUGCGCGACGCAAGUGUCUUUUGCUAGUUUCAACUCGGCGCAAUGAUCAUUUUCACAUUACAAUGUAAAAGAAUAUUAUUGAGUCUCUUGGACAUAAAUAAAGAUCGAUUAUGAGACAUUAGAAGGCGUAAAGAGCUGCUUCACCUGUAGCCUGGUAAGUAAAUACAUGCUUUGCUUUAAAGAAAUGCAUCUAUUUUUAAAUGUUUUUUAAAUGCUACCCCACAGAUUUAUUGUAUAUGAUGACUCUGUACCUGUGGAUAUGGUAAGAUGAGAAACAUUUUCAAGUAGUUUUUUUUUUUUAAACCAUGGCAUGGAGUAUAAACCUUUUCAGUAAUGUUUUAUUUUUUUUUAAAACCAUGGUAUGAAGUAUAAACCUUUUCUUGCAUAUUUGCAAAUUAUUUUAUGAGAUUACAAUAAUUAUGUAGGAUAUCAAUACAUUUAGAGCAAUUAAAAGCCUGCUAUUUUUACUUCUGUAACUGAAAGAAAACGGCUUUUAAAUGUUUUAAUCCAAAAAAAUGACAAUUUUAAUAGACCCCUUCAAGGUUUGUAAACAUUGAAUGACUAUCGGGUGUGUGCGCAGCAUGGGGUCAAACUGUUCAUACCAUCCAGGCUUUUUAAUUUAAUAUAACAGGGCUGAAAAAUUAUGACUUACCUGAAAUGAAGUGAGCACUACAAACAGAAGCCUCUUUGAUCUUUGCAUUGUCCCAGUCUGCAGGUUAAUUGCUUGCAGCCGCAGAUGUUGUAUUUUUUUUGUUUUUGAGAUUCUGCAUGAAUCGCGAAAACUUAAUGGAAGACCUGGUGCGAUUUUCACAGCCCACGACGUAAGUAGACAUUUUUAACGAUACCGAAUAAUACGCAACUCAAUCUGCUGUAAUGACUUUUCUGACCCCAACAUGCGCAGUGGGAACCGCCUGUGACGUGAACCGUGAAGGAGUCUAUAAAAAUGAAAACAACACAAUUUUUAACAUUAUUCUUAAACUGGUGGUCUUUUUCCUCUGCUUAGUUUUUCAGUUUACAAAUUCCACUUUCUAAAUAGGGAUUAGGCAUGGCGCCAAGUGCAACUGGCUUUUAAAGAGGAUGAGAACUGAGACUCUCAUUGGUUUAUUGCACGUUAUGCCCAAAACACACUGAUCACUCAUUAGGUGAAUAGGAACAACCCUUUUAGGCUGUACGCUAUGACGCAUAAACCAUUUUUCCCAUCUUUAAAUUAACAAAAGUGGAUUCGGACACGCUGUUUAGACCGUGCGCUUUAAACAAAGCUCGUUAAAAUAGGGCCCUAUAGUGUUUUUACAUGACAUUAUUGCAUCACACUUCUUCCUUUAUUAUAACAUGUUAUUUGCUUAGAUUUUUAUAGACUCUGGAGUAAAAACCUCACAUAAGUCAUAUUUUGAUGAAAAUGUUUUGAACAUCCAAAACAGAGUAACCAACGUAUUUACGAUCCAGUGGGUGCAACUAAUCAAACUAG